GAGGGCGGGCUCCCGGUCCGCUAGUUGCCCCGGCUCGGCCGAGCGGGUGGCGGCGGCGGAGGAAGGCCAGGCGCGGGCGGAACAAGGAGUCUACGGCUGGCCCCGUCUCGGCCAUGGGGAAGGACUACUACAAGGCCCUGGGCAUCCAGUCGGGGGCCAACGAGGAUGAGAUCAAGAAGGCCUACCGCAAAAUGGCCCUGAAGUACCACCCGGACAAGAACAAGGACCCUCACGCGGAGGACAAGUUCAAGGAAAUCGCCGAGGCCUACGACGUGCUGAGUGACCCCAAGAAGCGGGCCGUUUACGACCAGUACGGAGAAGAGGGACUCAAAACGGGUGGUGGUCCCUCCGGCCCUUCUGGCAGCACCUUCCACUACACCUUCCAUGGAGACCCUCACGCCACAUUCGCCUCCUUCUUUGGGGGCUCCAACCCCUUCGACAUCUUCUUCAGCAGCAGCCGAUCCAGGGUCUUCAACGGCUUCGACCACGAGGACAUGGACGUGGACGACGACAGUGACGAUCCGUUCAGCGCUUUCAGCCGCUUCGGUUUCAAUGGCCUGAACGGGGUCCAUCGGCGGCACCCGGAGCCCAUCCACAUGCGCCGGAAGGUGCAGGAUCCGCCCGUGAUCCACGAGCUCAAGGUUUCUCUGGAGGAAAUCUACCACGGGGCUACGAAGCGGAUGAAGAUCACCCGCCGGCGGCUGAACCCGGACGGGCGAACGAUGCGGACAGAGGACAAGAUCCUGAACAUCAUCAUCAAGCGAGGGUGGAAGGAAGGCACCAAGAUCACCUUCCCCAAGGAAGGGGACGCCACCCCCGACAACAUCCCGGCCGACAUCGUCUUCGUCCUGAAGGACAAGCCACACGGCCACUUCCGUCGCGACGGGACAAACAUCAUCUACACGGCCAUGAUCAGUCUUAAAGAGGCCCUGUGCGGCUGCACCGUCAACAUCCCCACGGUGGACGGGCGCGUGAUCCCCCUGCCCUGCAGCGACAUCAUCAAGCCGGGCACCGUGAAGCGGCUGCGAGGGGAGGGGCUGCCUUUCCCCAAGGUGCCCUCCCAGCGCGGAGACUUGAUUGUGGAGUUCAAAGUCCGCUUCCCUGACAGAAUAGCCCCCCAGACCCGCCAGAUCCUCAAGCAACACCUGCCCUGCUCCUAGAGCUGCCCGGCCGGGCCUUGCCUGCCCACCUCACGCUCUCUCUGCCAGCCGGCUUGCUCUCCGAGCGGCAGCCAUACUUCAUGCUGUGCCACGUUGCACCUGGCCUGGGCGUCGCCCCGGGACCCUCCUGUCUCUUGCUGCAAGCCACGUCCUCCUCCUCCUGCAAGGGACCCUCUCUGCCCUGCCCCCCCUCCUCUGGCAGCUUGGCUCCUUUGAGAGGUCCCCGAUUUUGGAUCUGGUGUCCCUGCUUUGCGUGAGUCUCGGGGGUCCUCUCCCAGGGGACUUUUCUUCUGGAGCUGGGGAGGGUCUCCCCAAAUUUUGCCAAGGACACCAGAGCCCUGUAAAUAGAACCACCUCCUCCUGUCUCCGUCCCCUGCCUGCUCCUUCUGGACUGCACCUCCCUAGAGCAGCCGGUGGGGGUCGCCAAGCCAACCUCGUCCUACCCGGCAGGAGCUGGACCCUCCCUCCUGUGUUUGGCACCGAGAAGGCCCCCUCCGCCCACCUUCUGUUUCUGCACCCCCAGACCCUGUGAUGUUGGCCCAACAAACCUUCUCCAGCAAGCUUUGGGGUCACAACAAGGACCUGCCAUUCAAGGGUGCUUUGGACUCUGUAUUGGAAUAGAACCUUCAUGAGGACUAACCUCUUCUUGGCUGUGUUGGCUUUUCAUCUGAAUUCUGGGAAAGGGAGUGAUCCGGGACGGCUCCCUGGGGAAAGGGAGAGGGAAGGUGGGCUGCUCUGAGCACUGCUGGAGGCUGGGAGGGGGUCUUGGUAUCGUCUGAUGUUGAUGGGGGGGGGUGUUGUGUGUUUCUUGGGAGGUGGGCGAGGGGGGGAUCUGCUUGGGCGCCUUUUGUCACUUUUCAGAGGGAGAAUUUUCAAGAAACGUUUCUUAAUCCUUGACAGUUCCGUUGGGUUUUGGACCAGCACCGGCAGGGAGGCUGGGUCUGGGGGGGAGAUAAGGGCCCGAGGGGCUUUGCCAGAGAGCAUCUCAUCAUCUUAUCCCCCCUCCCCUCCAGAGUUAAAAUCUUGGGUCAAGACUCUUUUUUUGGGGGGGGGGGGCUUUCCACCCAUCCUUUUUAUUCUGAAUUUUCUCUUGACGGAGAACUGGAGGUGCUUCCUUGGGGGUCCCCUCAGCCCGUCCCUGCCAAGGUGCCCACCGGGCUGACCCUCCUUUGGGGUGGGUGGGGGAGCCAAGGGGGCACCCACAGCCCCUUCCUGUAUGGCUGUACAGAAUGGAGAUUUGGGGAGGGGAUGGCACGGCGGUGCUCCAGUGCCUGAAGGCCCUCGUCCUUUUUCUCUUGGCCCCCUCCGGGGUGUGGGUGUGUGUGUAGGUGUCUUUUCCCAAUACGUGGGCUGCUGACCCGGCGGGCCGAGACGGAGGAGGGUGGAGAGGGCCAUGCCUUGCUGGGGUUCCUCCAUUUCAGGGAGACCCUGGGUGGUUUUAUAGCGUUUUUUUGGAAUUUCUCCUUUUGUAAUGUCCUGUAUUAAUAUUUAAAAAAAUAAAGUAUUUUAAAAAUA